CAUAGAGAAAAGAAAUACACUGGAAAAAGGUGUCAAACAAACAAAACAAAAUCGGUUUUUUGGCGGGAUUUCAUCGAGUGCGGUUGGCGUCUUAUUUUAAUUAUUCUUAAAUUCGUUCAAAGUGGAUAUUGUGAAAUAAAAUUGGUGUGGUUUUGUGUAACAACCGUCUGCGUAACUGAAGAAUUAGUGGAAUCGUUAAAAUAUACGCUAUUCCGGUCAAAUGGACGUGAGAAUUUUAUUGUAGUGUUGACUACCUCACAGAAGCUUAUCGAAAAAGCCAACUCGAUACAUUUCGUGCCAAACACUCCAAGAAACAUUAGAAUGCGUCACACCGACAUUCUAAUGUAAAAAAAAAAGAAGAUUAAUUUAAUUAAAGACUAGGCUGUAUGAGCAUUGUUCCCUUUGCCUUCCCUAAAACGGGAGAACUUCAAAAAAAAAAAACAAAAUCGUUUUUAUUAAUCUGUGAGAUCGUGUUUGUUGUGGUUAUUUUAUUUCAUGUGUGGUUAUUUAUUUAUUUCACUAAAUUUAUUGCUAAGAUUUAUUCCAUCCAGUUUUUCAGUCUGGGCUCUGGGAAAGUAUCCCUUUCAUCAUAUUCUAUUUAUUCUACUAUUAUGCUUAAUUCAGGCACUAGAACACAUAGAGAAUGGCGUAAAGUUGCCAAGAGAGAAAGAAGACGGAGGUUAAGAACUGAAGAAGCCAGAGCUAGAGACUCUUCCACAAAAAUGACAUCAGAAGAAUAUCAAAACUGGCUUAAAGAACAAGAAGAACUGGAGGCAUUUGAAUAUGAACAAAUUGAAAGAAUAAAUGUACUUGAAAACAAAAAGUGGAUGGAAGCUGAAAAAAUUGCUAUAGAACAUUGGAACAUGUUGCAGGAGGGAAAAAGGCUUCAACUUCAAGAAUAUCUUCAACAAGAGGCAAAACUAAAAAUGGAGUGGGAAUUGGAACAAAAAAGAAGAAAAGAAGUAGAAGAAAAACUAAAAAAGAUUGAAGAGGAGAAAAAAAUACAGCAGCAGCUAUUCAUGUCAAAAUUGGAGCAGUUUUUGUCUGGUGAUUUAACAGAUCCGCCUCCAGAACUUCUAGUUUCACAUGAAACAAAACCUCUAAUGGAAGUUUGCCCAUUUUUCAACAAAACUGCUUGUUGCCGUUUUGGUGACCAGUGUUCUAGAAAUCAUCGGUACCCUGGUAUUAGUAAGGUUUUAUUGGCAACAAAUUUUUAUGUUCACUUUGGUUUGAGUAAUGCCAAUUUCAGUGAAUAUGAUACAGACGUAAUGUUGGAAUAUGAAGACAGUGAUACUCAAAAGGAAUUUGUAGAAUUUUUCAAUGAUGUUGUUCCAGAAUUUGAAAAAUUUGGUAGAAUCAUUCAAUUUAAGGUAUGUAAUAAUUAUGAGAAACAUCUCCGAGGGAAUACUUAUGUGGAGUAUGCUGAAGUUCGUUCUGCUGUAGCAGCCUAUCAAUCUUUGCACUCAAGAUGGUAUGGUGGAAGGCAACUUUCUCUACAAUUCUGCCUCAUUGAUUCUUGGAAAAAUGCUGUAUGUGGACUUGCAUCGAGAAGGCGCUGUCCAAAAGGGCGAGCAUGUAAUUUUUUGCAUGUAUUCAAGAAUCCACGCUACUUUUAUGACGACUACAAAUUUGAAAACAACAGAAAAAACGACAAUUCAUCACGCUCUUGGAGGUGGUCGGAAUCUCCGGAAAAAGUUAUCAGAUAUUCAAAAGAACGCUCAAACACUUCUGAGCGCAACCGUCGAAGUAAAAUAAAAACAUCCACACAUGAGCGACGAAAAUCAUCAAGGUCUAAGCGAAGAUAAAAAUCGCCAGACAACAAUAAUUACAGACGUUAGUUAUUAACUUUCAUAAAGUUUUGGUUUCGUUACACAUGAAUAAAUACAUUACGGUUUUUGUACGAAAAAAUAUUGUUUUAUUUUAUUCGUUUUUAAAGAUGGUAAUCGCGUUCGGUCUGCGAUUGUGAAAUAUAAUCGAUUUUUGAAAUAGCUAUCAAGGUUAAGAGAAAAAAUCACGUUGAAAGGAGAAAGUGACCGAUGAUAUAUCAACGAGGUCGUAGUUUGAGUCCUUUUAACAUAUGACCCUAGAUACCGAAACGAAAGAAAAUAUCUUUUACAUAGGUUUCAGAUCCAUUCGUGGAAAACAAAGGAGAAUAAGGAGUUCUAUAGAGUGAGUAGAGCAGAGGCAAGGGGUAGAGUAAUAAGUUUAAAAUUAUUUUUAAUUUCACAAUCCACACCAUAUUUUAAAUACUAUGAAACGGGAGCACGAAGCGGACGUGCACUUCGCGUGCUGUUUCAUGUUAUUUCAUAGAGCAGCGCUCCGUCUCGCAGCGCCGCUAGUACAAUUUUGAUUGCGCUGCAGGGGGAGCCCGCCCCGCGGGUGACGGGGCACAUUCGAUUUGCUAUCUUAAGUGCUCUUGUCUGGGACAUCUUCUGGCUAGGAAGUAUUAUCCACAAAAAUAAUGCAUUAUCGAGUCUUCACUCGCGCGCUCGAAAUUGUGUCAGAGCGGCAGGGACCGUCAAGUGUUACCAGAAAGACAUUUCGCCUUCCCCCCAAAACUUACCCGAAAUCUCCACAAAGUACAGGUUUUUGAAGAAAAAACCCCCCAACAUGCAAAAUAUUUAUUAAAAAUACAAUACUUACCUCAUAGUAAGUAUGUAUUUUUGCAACAGUAUCCAUUACUGGAGCUCUAUUUUUGAAUCACUCCCCUUGCGUCGAACGCUCGAAUGGUGGAGGUGAAUGAUAGAAUAAUUGUCAUAUUUGCACCAGAUGUCACGUGUCAAACUUGAUUCACAUUUGCAGUUUUUAGGUGUAUUCCGUUGUUUACUAUUUUUUGAAAUUAUGACCUUUUCUUGAGACUAAGACUACCCUUGCAUUCUUAACUCCGACCACUCCCGAUCAAGUAUCCCGCGCUUACAAUUACUUUCUUUUACGAUAAUCUAUCCUUGUCAUGCUUUAUAUGAAACGACAAAGGCACACUGAUGUCAACUUUCUUCUUCUUUUAUUAUGGUAUGACGGCUAAUGCAUGUCAAGUUUACAAACAGCAAUCACGAAUAGCUAAGUGAAGUGCCGUCGUAAAAUUUUUCGUUCCGUUUUCAAUGCGGUAAUUACCGGUUGUUAUUAUUUUUGCGUGAUACUCGUACCUUACCGAGCAGAUCCGUCCCAAAGGUGACAACAGUACUCCAAGCAGGAGCGAACUUGGGCUCGGUAAAGGUUAAGGAGCUGCUCAGAUGUAAAAUAUCGCCUGACCUUAGAAAGUAUUCCAAGUUUUCUGGCAGCGGUUUUAGCAAUGGACUCGAUGUAGCGACUGAAAUUGAGGCUGGAUGAGAUGUCCAUACCCAAGAGCUCGAGAUGGUCUUUAACCGGCACGGAGACAUUUCGGAAAGUCGGAGUCAGAUGGAAUGGACUCCGUUUCGUCGAGAAGAGACAGGCCUGUGUUUUAGAGGGAUUGAAUUCAACCAAGUUAGCUUCAUCCCAGAGGGAAGCAGCUUCCAGGGUUGCAUUCACUCCCUCCACCAUCGCAACCCUUAAUGAUCGGACAUCUGCAUCAGACUUCACAUCAGGCAGAUAUCUCUCCGAAACUGUGCUGUCGUCUGCAUACCCAAAGAUACCGGGAGUUAGGAGCAGAUCAUUGAUGUGCAGCAAGAAUAGAGUUGCGGAGAGGACAGAUCCCUGGGGGACACCGGCAUUAAUACCAAGCAGAUCCGACGAUGUGCCAUUAAUGACCACUCGUAUCGAUCUGCCCCUCAGAAAAUCUGCAAUCCAGUUGCAAAGCCCGACAGCGAUUCCAUAUGAAGGAAGCUUGCCAAUGAGACUUGCAUGCCAGACCCUGUCAAAAGCUUUAGAAAUAUCAAGAGAAACGGCGAGAGCUUCACCGCGCUUCUCUAUGGCUUCACUCCAUAAGUGGGUAGCAUACACAAGAAGAUCCCCAGUAGAUCGCCCACGGCGGAAACCGAAUUGGAAGUCACUGAGGAGAUCGUUAUAUCCGAGGUAAGGGAGGAGACGGUUGUUCAAUACACGCUCCAUAAUCUUACAGAUUAUGGAGGUGAUUGCAAUAGGUCGAUAGUUGGCAGGGUCGGCACGACUACCCUUUUUGGGUACUGGUUGGACAUUGGCAGGCUUCCAGGUUUUCGGAAUUUGGCCAAUCUCAAGGGAUAAGCGAUAUAGGAGAGUCAGAAUAGGAGACAACUCACGGGCACAAUUCCGCAGGACAAUAGCUGGCAUGCCAUCGGGCCCACUGGCUUUCACGUCUAGAGUACUUAGCGUUUUGAGUACCUCUUUCUGAUGGAUGCGAACUUCCAACAUGGCAGAAGAACACUGAGGAAGCUUAGGUGGAUUUACGCCAGCAGCAUCUAGUUGUGAGUUGUUCGCAAAUAUAGAGGCAAACAAGUCAGCCUUCUCUUUGGAGGUGUGAGGCUUAAUUAAAGGCGGCAGCGACGACGGGCAAAAAUUGGCUAGGGACCAGAAAGCUUUGCUUCCGGAUGGAAAAGAGGCUAAUUUGGCUCCUAUACGGUCAAUGUGUGUGGGACUUGGCGGCACUGUUAAAGGCCUUCUUCAGACUUCGAACAUUUGGUGAUUUGCGGGCUCGAGCAUCCGCCCAGGAGCGAUACGCAAAAUUCUUAAGCGGCGGGCAGGCGCUAAACCGGCGUGGUACGUCAGAAUAUGGAAUAAAGUACUCCAUAGCCUGACGCAUCACGUCAGCAAUGGCAUCCGCGCAGCA